GGUGAACGGGGUCGUUUUUACGGCCCUGGGCAGCGUUUCACAGUCUCUAGGCGGUGAGGUUUGUUCUGCAUACUGAGUAUCAGAUUGAGACACUCGCCUGAGCACUUUAUUUCCCUUCACUUCAGCUCGAUAAGUACUGUUAUCUCAGUUUCACAGACAAGAAAACGGAGCCCACAGGGGUUAAGUAACGUUCCCUGAUUUUUUAAGUUAAAGCCUAAUGCAACCCGAUUUAUAGUGUUGCUGUAGUGAACAGGCUUAUGUGUUUUCAGGUGGCCAGAGACUUCUUUCAGCCUUAGGUAGAAUAAAAUAAUUUUAUAGCUGUAAGGAACUUUUAAGUAGAAUUAGUCCCCUAAUUUUGCAAUUAAAGAAAUCGAAAUCCAGAGAGUAUCUUAACCUGUAACAAGGAUAUCUAUAAUACAAGAGGCUGGAAACAUUGCCCAGGGAAGAUCUUAUCAAGUUCGCCAAAAAGCAGAUGAUGCUAAUACAGAAAGCUAAAUCCAGAUGUACAGAAUUGGAGAAAGAAAUUGAAGAAUUCAAAUCAAAAUGUGUUGCUGGAGGAACUGAUGAUAUUAUUAAGGCAUUGACCGAACGUCUGGAUGCUGUUCUUUUGGAAAAAGCAGAGGCUGAGCAACAGUGUGUUUCUCUGAAGAAGGAAAAUAUUAAAAUGAAGGAAGAGGUUGAGAACUCUGUAACUAAGUUGGAAGAUGUGCACAAGGACUUUGAACAAUCACAAAGCAACUAUGUGAAAGAAGUGGAAAAUUUGAAAAAUGAGUUAAUGGCAGUACAUUCCAAAUACAGUGAAGAUAAAGCUAGUUGGCAAACGGAACUGGAAGGAGCAGUGAAAAAACAAUUAGAGCUUUCAGAACAACUUAAAUUUCAGACUGACUCUGAAGAUAAUGUUAAAAAACUCCAAGAAGAGAUUCAGAAAAUUAAGCCAGCCUUUGAAGAGCAAAUUUUAUGUCUGCAAAAGCAGUUAGAAGCUGCCACAAAUGAAAAGGAGCAAGAAAUUACUUAUCUCAAAGGAGUCAUUGAGGCUAAUUCUCAGCAGUACCAAAAAGACAUUAAUAGUUUACAAGAAGAACUUUUACGGUUGAAAUGUACACACCAAGAAGAGGUGAAAGAAUUGAUGUGCCAGAUUGAAGCAUCCGCUAAAGAACGUGAAGCAGGAGUAAAUAAUUUAAACCAGCUGAAGGAGAACUUAGUCAAACAGUGUGAGGCAGGUGAGAAGAACAUUCAGGAGAAAUAUGAAUGUGAAUUAGAAAACAUUGGGAAGGCCUCAGAUGCAAACCAAGUAACUCAGAUGUGUUCUUUGCUCUUACAAGAGGAUAGUUUUGUAGAACAAGAAGUAAAUGAAAAAGUCAAGCACUUAGAAGAUGCCUUAAGAGAACUGGAAUCUCAACACAGUAUCUUAAAAGAUGAGGUAACUUACAUGAAUAAUCUUAAAUUGAAACUUGAAAUUGAUGCCCAACAUAUAAAGGAUGAGUUUUUUCAUGAACGGGAAGAUUUAGAGUUUAAAAUUAAUGAAUUGUUAUUAGCUAAAGAAGAACAGGGGUGUGUAAUCGAAAAAUUAAAAUCUGAGCUAGAAGAUUCAAAUAAGCGGUUUUGCUGUGCCAUAGAACAACAUAACAAAGAAGUACAGAGUCUUCAGGAGCAGCAUCAAAAAGAAAUCUCAGAACUCAAUGAGACACUUCUGUCAGGUUCUGAAAAAGAAAAAUUAACACUAAUGUUCGAAAUACAGGGUCUUAAAGAGCAGUAUGAAAACCUACAACAAGAAAAGCAAGAAGCAAUUUUAAAUUAUGAGAGUUUACGAGAAAUUAUGGAAAUUUUACAAACAGAAUUAGGGGAGUCCGCUGGAAAAAUAAGUCAAGAGUUCGAAUCAAUGAAGCAACAGCAAGCAUCUGAUGUUAAUGAACUUCAGCAGAAGCUGAGGACUGCAUUUAAUGAAAAAGAUGCUCUUCUUGAAACUGUGAAUCAUCUCCAGAGAGAAAAUGAAAAGUUGUUAUCACAACAAGAAUCUGUACUAGAACUUGAAAAUACCAUAAAGAACCUUCAAGAAAAGAAUGAAAUGUGUUUAGUUAGUCUCAAUCAGAGAGAUACCAUGUUGCAAGAAUGUGAAACAAAGAUAAAUUAUCUUUCUGAGGAAAAAGAUGAUUUCAUAAAUAAAAUUAGAAGUUCUCAUGAAGAGGUGGAUAAUCUCCAUAAAGAAUGCGAAAGAAAAGAAAGAUUGAUUAUAGAACUUCGGGGAGAAGUGGAGCAAACUACCCAGUACAACGCUGAACUAGAACAAAAGGUAAAUGAAUUAACAGGAGGACUAGAAGAAACAUUGAAAGAAAAGGAUCAAAAUAAUGAAAAACUAGAAAAGCUUGUGGCUCAAUUGAAAAGUCUCUCUGAAGACCAGGAAGCAAUGUCAUCUGAAGUGAAGUCUCUUUAUGAGGAAAAUAGUAGACUGAGUUCAGAAAAGAACCAGUUGAGCAGGGAUUUGGAAGCUCUCCUGUCUCAAAGAGAAGGAGAUUUUAUGCUUAAGGAACAGAUUUCUGAAUUAGAAAAGAAACUUCACUUAACAGUUGAAGAAAGAGAUAAUUUCAAUAAACUGUUGGAAAAUGAGCAAGUUCAGAAGUUAUUUGUCAAAACUCAGUUGUAUGGUUUUCUUAAACAAAUGGAGCCAAAAGUUUCAGAAGAAAGUGAAGAGCAAGAUAUUGUAAGUGUCCUACAAGCUGUCAGUGAAUCCUUAGCUAAAAUAAGUGAAGAAAAACACAACCUGGUUUUUCAGUGCGAUAAAAAGGUAGUAGAUUUAGAAAAAGAGAUUAAGUCACUUCAAGAAGAGAAUGUAAUUCAAUGUGAGGAACUUAGGUCUUUACUAAGAGACUCUGAGCAGGAAAAAAUUACCUUAAGGAAAGAGUUAGAAGAAACCCUCUCAGAAAAAGAGGCCCUGCAGUCUGAUCUUCUAGAAAUGAAGAAUGCUAAUGAACAGACAAGGCUUGAAAACCAGAAUCUCUUAAUUCAGGUUGAAGAAGCAUCUCAAAAAUUAUGUAGCAAAAAUGAAAAACAUAAUGAAAAAGAAAAAUCUUUUGUAGAGGACCUUGAAAACCUAAGGCUGUUACUGGAACAAAGAGAAUCUGAAUUGCAAGAUGUGAGAGCAGAGUUGACAUCAUUAAAGGAUUCCUUAGAGAAAUCACCUUCUGUAGAAAGUGAUCAACCUUCAGUAAAAGAGUUUGAAGAAAAAAUAGGAUAUCUGGAAAAAGAAUCCAAAGAGAAAGAGGAGAAGAUAAAUAAGUUAAAACUAGUUGCUGUGAAGGCAAAGAAAGAACUAGAUUCUAGCAGAAAAGAGGCCCAGACUCUACGGGAAGAACUUGAAUCUAUUCACUCUGAAAGGGAUCAGUUGUCUGCUUCCAUGCGAGAUCUCAUUCAAGGAGCAGAAAGCUAUAAGAAUCUUUUAAUAGAAUAUGACAAGCAGUCCGAGCAGUUGGAUAUAGAGAAAGAACGUGCUAGUAAUUCUGAGCAUCGUGUGGAAGACCUUACAAAACAGCUAAGGAAUCUGACUUUUCAGUGUGAAAAAUUAAACUCUGAUAAUGAAGACCUGCAGGCGCGUGUUGAGACGCUGCAAUCUAACUCCCGGUUGUUGGAAGUGCAGAUUUUGGAAGUCCAGAAAGCCAAAGCAAUAGCAGACAAAGAGCUGGAAGCUGAAAAACUUCAGAAAGAACAGAAAAUAAAGGAGCAUGCCAAUUCUGUGAAUGAACUUGGAGAACUUCAGCUACAGCUUCAAAAGGAGAAGAAACAGCUUCAGAAAACCAUGCAAGAAUUAGAGCUGGUUCGAAAGGAUGCUCAGCAGACCACACUGAUGAACAUGGAAAUUGCCGAUUACGAACGUUUGAUGAAAGAACUAAAUCAAAAGUUAGCUAAUAAAAACAGCAAGGUGGAAGAUUUGGAGCAAGAAAUUAAAAUUCAGAAACAGAAGCAAGAAACCCUGCAAGAAGAAAUGACCUCCCUGCAGGCGUCAGUACAGCAGCACGAGGCAAAAAACAACAAAAUCAAGCAGUUGCUUGUGAAAACCAAGAAAGAACUGGCAGAUUCAAAGCAAGCGGAGACUGAUCACUUAAUACUUCAAGCGUCUUUAAAGGGCGAGCUGGAGGCGAGCCAGCAGCAAGUAGAAGUCUAUAAAAUCCAGCUGGCCGAGGUGACGUCGGACAAGCAUAGGGCCCACGAGCAGCUGAAGGUGUCGGCGGAGCAGCACCAGCGCACGCUGGCCGCGUACCAGCAGAGGCUGGCGGCCCUGCAGGAGGAGUGCCGCGCCGCCAAGGCAGAACAGGCUGCUACCACUUCUGAAUUUGAGAGCUACAAAGUCCGAGUUCACAAUGUCCUGAAACAGCAGAAGAACAAGUCUGUGUCUCAGACCGAGACCGAGGGAGCUAAACAGGAAAGAGAGCACCUGGAGAUGUUGAUUGACCAACUGAAAAUCAGAUUACAAGACACCCAGAACAACUUGCAGAUGAGCGUGUCUGAGCUGCAGACGCUACAGUCUGAGCACGACGCCCUGCUGGACAGGCACAACCGGACGCUGCAGGAGGCUGUGGCCAAGGAGGCCGAGCUCCGCGACAGGCUGUCCUCGCUGCAGUCAGAGGGCUCGCUGCUGAGGUCGGAGCACGCGCAGGCCGUCAGCCAGCUCACCGCCCAGAACGAGGCCCUCGGCAGCAGCUUCCGCGAGCAGGUGCGGCACCUGCAGGAGGAGCACCAGAGGACAGUGGAGACGCUGCAGGGGCAGCUGGCCAGGGCCGAGGCCCAGUUGGCCCAGCACCGGAGCGAGCCGCCUGCCAGAAGUACAGCUUCUUCCCACCAACCUGUGAGGAGCCUUCGAGAGAGAAGCGCCGACCUCCCUGUCCUGGACGUGCAGGCCGCGGCCCGGGAGCAGGGGGAGGGCAUGGAGGACACCGACACCGAGUCCACGCCGCCCACCGGCGCCCGCACACCCUUCCUGGAGCAGCUGCUGAAUUACCCUGAAGCGAAGCUCGAGUCCCCUUCGUGGCACACUGAAUUUACCAAAGAAGAGUUGGCCCAGAAGCUCAGCUCCACCACAAAAAGCGCGGACCACUUGAAUGGCCUGCUGCGGGACUCAGAGGCCACCAACGCCAUGCUCAUGGAACAGAUUAAGCUCCUGAAGAGUGAGAUCAGGCGGCUGGAGAGGAACCAGGAGCGCGAGAAGUCGGCGGUGAGCCUGGAGUACCUGAAGAACGUCCUGCUGCGCUUCCUGCUCCUGCAGCCCGGCAGCGAGAGGGCGCGGCUGCUGCCCGUGGUGGGCACCAUGCUGCAGCUCAGCCCCGAGGAGAAGGCCCAGCUGGCCGCCGCGGCCCGAGGUGAGGAGGAAAACGCCUCCCGCGCCUCCGGCUGGGCCUCCUACCUGCACAGCUGGUCUGGACUUCGGUAACUGACGAGGAGGCAUCGCUUAUUAACCAAAUAGAACCCAUUUGGCAAAAGGUCACGUGUGCUGCUCUUCUGUUGUCCCAGAGCAUAUGCGCGUGACUCACAUCUGCACAGACUUGUACAUACGCGAAGGUGGUAAAGGGGGCGGCCGCGGCCUGUCACCCUAUGCCCACUGUGGCCACGGACCCUGAGGAGCCCCGGACAACUUGCCCCCGGAGCUUCAGGCCCACCCGUCGGGCAGUGCUGUGAAUUCUAAAGUGAAGCCCAAUUUUGAUCCUGUACCAACUGGAAUUUAGGCUGUUAACACAAUGUUAUGAGAGCAUUUAUGGCAAGGUCGGGCUUGCAGAUAGAUUGUUAUUCGUGAUCAAUUGUUAAAGAAAAUCUGUGAAUCAGAACGUGAAGGAAAGCGCUUUCUUGACAGACUUGACACAUUUAUGAAGGGACUGCAAGGUGCACACGUUGCAAUGAAUUGCGAGACAGUUAAAAUGCAGUUCUUCUGGUGAUUACUGUAAGGCGAGCUGUUCUUUCGUUCUCUAAAGCGUGUCAUCUCGGAAGCUGUUCUUGGUCAGGAGCCCCGGCAGUGCCGGGCAUGUGUGGACGGGGCCACCGCGGGUGCCGGUGGUUCCCGGGGGGCAGGUGUCCCCAGGCUCUUGGCCUUCAGCGACUUCUGAGCCAGGGGUCUGCUCUGAGAAUUCUCCUGGCUCCACAGACGGCAGCGCCCCGGGCCGCGGCUGGGCCCUCAGCAUCGUGUCUGCGUGUGGACGUGGUGCCACCGUGUUGCAGCAGGUAAGUCGCUCUGAGGCUCCACGCCGGCCCCUCAGCCUCUGGGGAGAUGCUUUCACAGUUCUUGGGAACAGCUCCAGGUGGUGGUGUUACUUACCUUUGAUGCCUCUGAAUAUUUUAUUGACCAGAUCAAAAAUGUGUUCCUAAAUGGUAAAUGUGAGAAUUCUAUUUUUAAUAUUUAUUUGUUAAAAAUCACCUCACAGUAUGCUCUAUGACGUUCUCUCAAGCCUUCCAAUUUCUACUCUGAUUUUCAGUCUCAGCUGCUGAACUGACUUUGUACUUCGGUUACUCAGAACAUUGAUCUCCAGUUUAACUGAAAUGUGCUGCUGACACGUUGAGUUUGCUCUUUAAAAAAUAUCUCAUAUACCUGUCUUUCUUCCUGUUUUAGAAGAACAGACCUAACUAGUGAAUGUAUUAAUGAAAAUGCAUCUAUUUCCAAGCUGAAUUUAAAAGUUUAGUUUUUUCACUUUAUACCAAACUGUGAACAUGAGUAUGCUUGUAGCGUACAAUGUAACUGUUAUCAUAUUUAAACACAUUUCACUUUCUCUGUAAGUCUAGGCCGCUUUGAAUCCUGUAUCAACUUGUUUUGAAAUAUAGUCUCUACCUAUGGAUGCAAUAAUCGAAAUGCCUUUUUGCAUGAUAAAAAAAAUUAUUACUUUAAUUACAGAAGGGAUAUCCUUUCAUGGCUUCAGCAAUGAGAGGAAAUGUAAUGAUUAUUUUAAUAUUUCUAUUAAAUAUGUUUACCUGUAUAUUCUUA